AACCGGAAAUGACGCACGAGAGUGUUAAAAAAAAUAAAACAGCGGUAAUUGUUAUUGUUAGCUUGUUAGCUAGCAGCUGACCUCGACAAAUGGAGAUAUGACAGAGUAAUAACGACUUAUUACAUGUGCACGAUUAGGUUAUUACAAACGCACAGUGAUGGAGGACGGGAACAGGACCGACGCUGCCUCCACAUCUAAGAGCCACGCAGGCUCACUCCACCUGCAGACUCCCAAAAAUGAAGAUGCCUAUGAAAUUGCCAUCCCCUACGAGGAGAGCAACUUUGAGCAGCAAGGAUUUUUCAACCAGAGUGAUCAGAAUUUUGAUGAUUCACCCCCAUCAGCUGGCCCUUCUCCAGUCAACAACUCAUACAUGGUGAUCACCAACCUGCGGACCCAGCUGCAGAUCUCUCUGGAGAAAAACUCUUGGCUUCAGAAAAGAAUUGAGGACCUGGAAGAGGAGAGGGACUUCCUCCGUUGCCAGCUGGACCGCUUCAUCUUUUCCACAAAGAGCCAGGGUCAGGAGCAGAGUCAGAGCCAGUACAGCAACGGUUAUGAAUCCAGACGAUUCAACUGGAGGGCAAGAAGAGAGGAGGAUCGUCCCACUGAGCAACAGAAGUCGGCCGCAGAUCAUUUCCCCUCGCGUCAGUUUAUCCAGCGAAGGCCUGGGCCUCCAACUAUGGUGCCUUCCAAAAACCAUGUCUCCAGUUCACUAUCCAAUCAGCUUGCCACUAUGAAUGCUUUGCUCAGCUCUACACAAUCCCAGGCUCUCUUGCAGAGCCACAGCCAUAGUACUCCAAGUACUACAGCCAGCGGCAGCAGUGGCAACAACAACAGUGCUACGAGGUCAUCCAUGAAUGAAAUGAGUGGACAUGGCAACGUAGGUCCAGAUUCCCUUUCACUCCUGGGGGAAUCUGAUGAGUACUUGGAACAAGACGCCUACCUUGAGGAGGAUGAAAUGAUAUCAGGGGAAGAUGUAAUGCAAGAUAGCAUUAACAGCAACAGACACCAGAUAAAGAGGAGGCGAGUCUUCCGAGCUCCUAGAGAGCGGCAGAGAGUGAAAGAUGCUGCCGGGGUGCUGUUUCGCUACAAGAAAAUCCUGCUUACAUACCAGCGUCUCAAAAAUAUGUCCAAAGCCUUUCAAAUCCACGGUGUGGACCGCAACACGGUGGCUUCCACAACACCCAUUGCUGAGCUGCUCCUCGUGGCCCCAGAGAAGGUGGCAGAGGUGGGCGAGUUUGACCCAUCCAAGGAAAAGUUGCUGGACUACGCCCGGCGCUGCUACACUGCCCUAGAUGAGGAGACACUCAGCAGGGUGCAGGCCUUAAAGAAGAAUAACCUGCUCUUGCCCAUCUCCUACAGGUUCAGACACUGAGGGGUGGGAGACAGAGGGAUGGAAAGUGUUUCUAGAAAAUAGUGGAGUUGGUUGUUAAGAGAGGAGAGGCAGUUGGGUUCUGCUGCUGCGUGCCAGCCUACCUCCCAGGCACAGAGAUGACCAGAGGGAUGAUGUAUUAUUUGACCAAGUCAGUGUCCCGACUGUGGUCUUGUAGGCUACAGCUGAGGUCUCUGCUUGUCAGACAAAUACAAUUUUCACACCUGACUUUUUAUAAUCAAUACAGAGCAGGUACGUCAAACGUCAUCGUUCCAGUAAUAUUGAGGAUGUGGGAAGCCUGUUGCAGCUGGAAAGGGAAAACACGUGGCUUUCAUUUCUCAAAGAGCAAAUCAGCAUGUCUGAGUAAAUCAGAAAAUUAUGGAGGAGUAUUUGUCUUUACUAUUAUGGUUAAAGAAGAGGUUGCUUUUCAGCAGUGCUUAAAUGAGUGUAACCAACAUAGCUCAUACAUGUGUCAGAAUUUAAGUUCAAAGACACACAAGGUUUCUUUCCUGUAGAUCCGAAUCAGUUUGAGGUCAGGGGCUCAUAAACUGAUUAUCUAAAUCUUUUUAACUCCUGGCAGCCUAAAUUUAUAAGCAUAGCAAUUUUUAUCACUUUAUUUGUGUGCAAUUUUGACACUGUCCCUAAAAAUAUGGUAAUCACAAUCUUUGUAUGUUAAUAUGAUGCUGCACUCUAUAGAUUUUGCCAUACUUAAGGGAAUUUUCAGAAAUUAUGAUAUUUAUUCUGCUCAAUGUGUCUUUUUUUGUAAUAUUUUUGGCGUUGUUAUUAUAUUAUCAAUCAUUUCCACUUGCCUUAACAAAAGUUUUUUUGUGAUUUCUUUUUGUCAUGUUAUUUUGAGUUCCUUUCCACUUCUUCAGACUGAAGGGAAGGAAGAACUUGUAAAGAGAAAGACAUGGAUAAGAUCAUGAACUGUCUGUAGCAAAGACUAGUCGGACAUUAUGUGGUGCAACAACAGCCACAUGGUUUUUAAUUAAAAUAAAAAAGAGACACAUGUUGGUGAUAUUUUAUGUGUUGGCCUCAUAUUAAUAAGGCAACCUGUCGGUCUCGGGCCCAAUUUUAAAAAAAUAGUACUGCUGCAUUACUCUGUUGUUCCAUUUGACAUUGUACAAACUCUUUUUUAUAAUUAUCUGCACAAAAAAUACACUAAAUGUCACUUCUUAUGCGUCUGAUAUUGAGGCUCUUGAAAUGCUUUUGUGACAGUAAUACCUUUUGUAAAAUACGGUACAGAGCAUUUACGCUUUUAAUGACUUAAAUGACUAUUUGUAACAUUGUGUAACUUUUGGUUCUUUGUGAAAAAUUGUGGACAUUAAUCAAACAAACAAUUUGACAGUGAGUUACAGUAUCAGUAAAAGCAGCUGACUUGUGCACACAAAGGUGUUGUUAUUGCUUCCCAUUGUCCCACUACAACUGCAUGUGAUAAAAACUCUUUGAUGAUCUGUACCUUAUAGUCUUGUCAAAAUUCAUAUUUUUUGAAAACAGCAACACACAUAAUCAUAUUGUAUGAUAAUGUGUGGUGUAAAUGCUAAUGAAGUGAACUGAUAAGAUCUCUUAUCAGUUUUCAUCCCUUAAUAUAUCAUUUCCCUCUAAGUAAAUAUAGAUACAAUCUCCAAUUUGUGUGUUUAAGGUACAAUGCAACUGCUAAGCAGACCUUGCAAUCAGUCUCAUUUUUAUGUUGACUUUAUGUAAAUUUAGUGAAAUGUACUGUAUAUCUCACAUUAUGCCAGUUAUUCACCAAAUGUAUAUUGAGAUUCAAAUGUCAUGAAUACAUUUGAUUUCAUACCAAAUCAAUUAUGUUUAUUAAUCUGUAAAAUCCAACAUCACUCACUGGAAGCAAACACGUGUGAUUCACAUACUGUAAUGUUGAGACAGAGAUGUAAUUAAAACAUUUGAUUUCCUACAAA